AUGGAAGAAGGGAUUCCAUUUAAGAGGGUCCACGGGACGCAUGCAUUCGAGUACCCAGGGAAGGACCCCAGGUUCAAUGAGGUAUUCAACAAGGCAAUGAUAAACCACACCACCAUAGUCAUCAACAAAAUCCUCCAAUGCUCCCCCUACAAGGGUUUUGGGCAACUCAAUCUCAAUCAUAAAAAGCUUGUUGAUGUUGGUGGUGGUCUUGGAGUCACCCUCAGCAUCAUCACCCCAAAUACAACCCAUAUUAAGGCUAUUAAUUUUGACCUCCCGCAUGUUAUCCAACAUGCCCCUCCCUAUCCCGGUGUUGAACAUGUUGCGGCAGAUAUGUUUGAAAGUGUUCCAAAAGGAGAUGCCAUAUUCAUGAAGUUGCUAAAGAAUUUCGAUGCAGCUCAUACAGCUCUACCAGACAACGGGAAGGUCAUAGUAGUGGAGGGAAUGAUUCCAGUGAUACCUGAUCCUAGCACUGCUGCAAAAAGCAUGUGCCAAAUUGAUUUGGUAAUGAUGACUCAAAUCCCAGGAGGGAAGGAGCGCACCCAAAACGAGUUUCUGGCCCUCGCAAUUGGAGCUGGAUUUACUGGCAUUUCACUCGAAUGUUUUAUCUGCAACUUCUGGGAGUUUCGCAGACAAAGCAUGUGGAACAUUGAAAAUGGAUUGUUGAGAGGAGCAACCCAAGUUAAUAAUGAUGACCCAUGUUAA